AGUAAUAGAUUAACACCCGUGGAGUUCACUUCGUUUCCACAGAAGGAACAUUUCUUGCUGUGUGCUUUGCAGUCAGUGUGUGAUCUGUAGUCUAGUUAGCUUAAGAGCCUGAGCCGUUGAAAACGAAAGCAGACAACGAGAUCCCUCAGCAUGGGGGUGGCUGAAGAUUUCGCUCCCAGCUUUGUGAAGAAGCCACAAUUGCAUCAGGAGGACGAUGGCAAUCGAUUGAUAUUUGAGUGCCAGCUGCUUUCGUCGCCCAAACCGGAUAUCGAAUGGUAUCGCAGCGAUAACAAACUAACAGAGGAUGCCCGUACCAAAUUUAAAAUCCAACCGAUCGGUGACAAUAAGUUUACCGUAGUAUUAGAGCUCGACGAUGUACUCGAAACCGAUGCUGGCCUCUACAAAGUCAAGGCUAAGAACAAAUCGGGCGAAGUUUCCGCAUCGAUUAAUUUAAAUUUCACACCUGCUGAUGAACCCAAAGAAAAACAAAUCGACGGUUUCGCGCCGACAUUCGCGAAAAAACCUGCCAUUCGACAAGAGGAAGAUGGAAAACGGCUUCUUUUUGAGUGCAGGGUUAAUGCAGAUCCCGUACCUAAUAUUACAUGGUUCCACAAUGGCACGCCCGUUCAGGAAUCACCCAGACAUAAGCUGACAAUUGAUAAGGAUGUCCACUCGUAUUUUGCAACACUGGAAAUACUAAAUGUCACAGUUGAGGAUGCUGGCAAAUACAAAGUGAAUGCAAAAAACGAACUGGGCGAAAGUAAUGCAACGAUCAGCCUGAACUUUGACAGCGACGAGGCUCCCGUACCGGAGAGCACUGAUGGAAUAAAGCCAACGUUUACGGAACGACCCGUCAUACGGCAGAGUGAGGAUGGCGGAAAUGUAACAUUUGAAUGUAGAUGCGUUGGAGAUCCCACUCCGACGGUUACAUGGUCACAUGGCGAGACUGUUUUGAGUGAGGGCAAACGGUAUCAAAUGUCCCUCACACUGGAUCAGAAACUAUAUCAUAUGGCCCGUUUAGAGAUAAGCAAUGUCGUCUCCACUGAUCAGGGCGAGUACAAGGCUCUCGCCAAGAAUAAACACGGCUCGGGCGUGGCAACGAUUAAUUUAAAUUUCGAAAGCGGCUCGAAAAAAAUACCGGAUGGUAAGUCUCCGCGUUUCCCCAAGAAACCGACGAUCCGCCAGGAGGAGGAUAUAUUGAUAAUGGAAUGCAUACUGGAAGCACAUCCGGUGCCGGACAUAACCUGGUAUUGCUCAGAUAAGCAGAUCGAUGAUAGCCAACGCACGAAAAUGACCCGCAAGGCGAUCACAAAAGAUAGCUACAUUCUGACUCUCGAGAUACUGAAUCCCACAAAGGAAGAUGGCGGCAAUUAUCGGUGCAAUGCCAUCAAUAUGUUUGGGGAAAGCAAUGCGAAUAUCGCGCUCAAUUUCCAAGGUGCCAACGAUGCAAAUGGAUUCGCGCCCUCUUUCAUCGAGAAGCCGAGAAUAAUACCGAACGAGACGGGUACUCUGAUAACGAUGAAGUGCAAGUGCAAGGCGAAACCGGAACCGACGGUUACCUGGUACCGGGGCCAAGAUCUCGUCGAGAAGAGCAAGAAAAUCAAGAUCAAUAGUAUUGUCAUCGCCGAAGACACCUACGAGCUGACGCUGGAAAUUAAGGAUCCCGGCGCAACGGAUGGCGGCACCUACAGAUGCAAUGUGAAGAACGAAUACGGCGAAUCGAAUGCGAAUCUCAAUCUGAAUAUCGAGGCGGAACCGGAACCGGAAGGCGAAGGACCCACAUUCAUUGAGAAGCCAAGGAUCAUAUCGGAAAACAAUGGCAAACUAGUCAUCAUGGAGUGCAAGGUGAAGGCCGAUCCCAAGCCGGACGUGGUCUGGUACCGCAACGGGGAGGUGAUCAAGGACACCAGCAAGCUGAAGAUGUCGAUGGAGCAGCGCGGAGAUCAAUACUAUAUCAAGCUAGAACUGAUUGAUCCACAGCUGGAGGACUCUGGUCUCUACAAGUGCAACAUCAAGAAUACACUGGGGGAACUCAACGCAAAUCUCACACUAAACAUUGAGAUUGUACCCGUGAUCAAGGACAAGCCGAAGAUCAUAAAGAUCAUCAAGAAGCGGACGGUUGUUAUCGAGUGCACAGUUGCCUCCAAGUUCGAGCCGAAGUGCACCUGGUACAAGGAGAUGAAUGUGGUAAAGGAGAGCAAACGGCUCGUUUACGUCGUAGAGAAGACGAAGGAGGGCGAGUUCGCCGUCAAGCUGGAGAUCAAUGAGGUGGAGGACAACGACAAGGGCGCCUAUAAGCUGAUAGCGAGCAACGAGAAGGGCGAGGCCGUGUCGCAAGUGGUGAAUUUGGUGGAUAUACCCGAGGAGGAGCGCAAACCCACCAAACCAGAAAUAGCUCGCAAACUAGUCGAUCAGAAGGUGAUCGAAUCGAAGACGUUCGAGCUGUUAAUCAGCUUAAAACAGGCGGAUCGCAAAUGCAAAAUCGAAUGGUUUAAGGGCAGCACCGUCAUUAAGGAGACAAAGGAUGUGACAACAACGUUUGAUGGAACCACAGCCCGACUGACAUUCAGCAGCGCCAAAUCGGAGCAUACCUCAAACUAUAAGGUUAUCGUUAGCAACGAGGCGGGCAAGGAUGAGUCCAGCUGCAAGGUGACCGUCGAAAAGAAGGGCAAGAAGAAGGAUGACAAGGAGGAGGAGAAGGAGGAGGAGGCCGAAAAGAAAAGCAAGCAAGGAACUGCGGAACAAAUUGCUCUCAAAAAGGUUGAACGCAAAGCCAGUGUUGUGUCACUCCAAGAGGAAUCCAUUUCCGAGGUGCGUCGCAAGUCGAUAAUUAAAACGCAGCAGGAAACAACGGAAGAGGAUACAAAAAUGGUGUCCAGAAAAUCAUCGCUGGCGAUUGAAGAUUCCGUUUCGGAAUCGCGUCGCUCAUCUGUGGUGGAUAAAAAGGCGCUUGAGCAAUUGGAGAGCAAACAAAUCGAUGCCAACAAAAAUCCGCAAGCUCUCAAGGAAGAAAUACCAAAACUGAAACCGGCCGAGAAACGACGCGUUUCAAAGCCGAUGGAAGAGGCAAAGCCCGCCGAAGAGUUGCCAAAGCUGCGCAAAACUUCCGUCGCCCAGCCGAAGGAGGAGUCCAAAGCCGAUGCAGCCAAGCCGAAGGCGAAGGCAAAACCGAAGGCCAAACCGAAAUACGAAGAGUUGCCCGAAAUACCCGAUUACGAGCGACCCGAACUAGAAAAAUAUGAGAAAUCUGAUUUUGUGCCGAGCGAUUUUGCACGCGAUUUGGAAAUACCAAAUAAAAUGGAGAAACCGCUGGUGGAAACGCCUAAAAAGGAGGCGGAAAAAGCACCACAGAAAAAUGGACUGCCAAUGAAAUCGGAGAUUGUCGAACAGCCGAUGGAGGAGCCGAAGGGUCUCAAGCUUGGCAAAGGCAAACUGCCUAACGACGAAGACACGAGGGAUGGUGCAACCCUAAGACCCGUUAUUGUCGAACCAGAGAAAGACAAGCAAAAUGCAGACGCUGAUAACGAGGCCGAUAAGCCAUCUCUGAUGGAUAUAAUCAGGCAGCGACGUCGCUCUUCUGUCCGCAAUCUGAUGACCAAGGAACCAAUAAGAAACGAGUCCUUCCUUGGCGUCGUCCUCAAGCCAGUCAUAAGAGAUGCCAAAGAGCAAGCAGAACCCCAACAAGCCAAGCAAUUACUUAAGGCAAAUGCCACGGAGCAAUUUAAUCCGACGAAGGCGAGCAAAGCGCAAAUAUCGGAUUUGAAAAAACCCGAGGGCCUGGCAACCCUAGUCGAUGAUUAUAAGCGGCCGCAGUUAGAGAAAUAUGAACGUACCGAUAUCGAGAAAUCGAAGCCAGAGAAAACCACACCAAUCAUUAUUCCCCCGGAACCCCAAAAGACCCCGGAACUCAAAAUAUCCGAUGAAAAUCAAAAGGAUGACAAACCGAAGAUGUCCAAAAUGCAGCCGCCGGCGCCGGGUGAACCGCCCAAAAUCGAGGUCAUCCGCGAGAAGCGUCCAUCCCUGGCACCCGAAGUUCCCAGUCGUCGUGGCUCAUUGGUACCGCCCGCCGACACCGGUCGCCGUCCUUCAUUGAUCAUCAAUGACGAGAAGAAACUCCGCCCAGGCGAAGUGAUGGACACAAGGUUGUUGAGGCCAGGCGAGGUUGGUGAAGGACAGCAAAAGCAACAGCGACCUGGCGAAAUGGGGGAUACGAAACAGCGGAGACGUCCUUCGAUCGAUGUGCGCAGACCGAGCGUUCAGGAUUUGGAGGAUCUAAUCAAUAAGCCGUCGACGCCAUUGAAAGAUAUCGGCGAUGGCUGCCCCCCAACAAUUAUCGAUGUGCAGGAAUCCUAUUCGGCGGUCGAAGACUCGACUGCGUAUCUUACGGUCGGAGUCGAGGGCAGUCCAGCGCCGACCUUCAAGUUCUACAAGGGCGUUAGCGAGAUCCUCGAGGGCGGUCGCUACAAGUUCUUGACGGAUGGGCAGACGAACACGAUCACGCUGUGCAUGAGGAAGUGCAAACCGAACGAUGAGAGCAAAUACAAGAUUGUCGUAUCGAAUAUACACGGCGAAGAUUCGGCCGAGAUGCAAUUAUAUGUUUCCGAUUCGAGUGGCAUGGAUUUCCGUGCGAUGCUCAAGAAACGUCGUUAUCAAAAAUGGGACAAAGAUGAGCAGGAUCCCAAUUGGGGUGAUCUCAAAGAAACUGAAAAACCAUUGCCGGCUUUAAAGAAAGUCGAAAGGAAGGUAGAAUCGUUCCUUAGUCCACUAAUCGAUCAGUUCGCUAAGGAGGGCAAGGAUAAGAAGGUUGUAUUUGAGGCGAGAUUCAGCAAACCCAAUUGCAAACCCAAAUGGCUAUUCCGCAAGGAUGAAGUUUUCACAGGCAGCAAAUUCAAGUUCAAGCAAGAGAAUGAUACAUAUCAAUUGAUUAUUACCGCACCCAAAGUCGACGAUACGGGCAAGUAUACAAUUGAGAUCGGUGGCGUCUCCAGCACUGCGUUCCUCAACGUCGAAGAAGCAGAUCCUUCGUACAACUUCACCAAGCCGCUCAAGAAGAAGCUGGAAGGAUUCACCAGGCACGAGACGACUUUAGAGUGUUCGGUUAGCAGCAGCAUGGCGAAUGUGCACUGGUUCAAGGAUAAUAAGAAAAUUGAAUCGGAUGACGCUCGCUUCCUGAUCUCCAAGGACAUCAAUGGCAAUCUUAAGCUGAUUAUCAAGGAGUCCGUGCUAGAGGAUUCCGGCCAAUACAGAUGUCAAUUGGACAAGCAGCCGGACAAGACGGAAUGUGCCCUGAAAAUAAUCGAAUAUCCGUAUAAAUUUGUCAAGGUUUUGAAAUCGCAGCAGUGCAUCGAGAAGGAUACGAUUACCUUGGCCUGCGAGCUGGAUGAUGCCCAGGGCGAUGUGCAGUGGUUCCGCAACGAUGAGGAAAUCAAACCCGACAAACGCAUGCAGGUCAUCAAGGAUGGCCGCAAACGCAAGCUGGUCAUCAAGGACUGCAAGGUCACCGACGCAGGACAAUUCAAGUGCACCACGAAUGCCGAUAAGACGGAUGCCGAAAUUAUCAUCAAUUAUCAAAAUCGCUUUAAUAAGAAGCUCAAGGACACGGAUGCCGUGGAGCGUGAGAAACUGGUGUUCGACAUUGAGCUGCAGGAUCAAACGGCUCCCUGCGACUGGAAAUUCAAUGGGGAACCCAUUGUACCGAACGAGCGCAUCGAAAUCAAGAACUUGGGCGGUGGCAAGCAUCAGUUGGUGUUUAACAACCUGGAGUUGACGGAUGUGGGUGAGAUUACCUGUGAAUCGGGCCAGCUGAACUCCAGUUGUAAGUUAUCGGUGCGCAAGGGCGAAAGCAGGCCGAAUAUCGAUUGUCCCGAUGACUUUGCGGGGCCGAUAAGUGCGCCAGUUAUCGUCGAGGUGCCAUACAAAGUUAGCGGCACCAAACAAUCACCCGUCGAGGCCAAGUUGAUCAAGGAUGGCAAACCGUUGCCCGUCAAGGAUGUUGAGGUGGCCGUCACCGAUGACAAGGUCACGUUUAAGAUUAAGAAACCUUCGCGUGACUUAUCGGGUCCCUAUCAAAUAAAGAUAUCGAAUGCACAAGGCGAAGAUACCAAGGAUGUGAAUAUAAUAUGCCAGGAUGCGCCAACGCCACCGCAGGACGUGGAUGUCACGGACAUUUAUCAGACAUCGUGUGUGGUGAAGUUUAAGAAGCCGGAAGACGAUGGAGGCACACCGAUAACCAAAUACGUUAUCGAACGGCAAGAUUUGAGCAAGAAACAGGGCUGGGAGCCUGUCGCUGAGGUUCUGCCGACGGAGCCAUGCCUCAAGAAGAUUGAGGACCUGAUGCCUAAGAAACAAUACAGAUUCCGUAUACGUGCUGUGAACAAGAUCGGUCCCUCAGACCCAGCCACCUUCAAGAACUCGAUACUCGCCAAAGAUCCCUGGGACGAACCCGGCAAACCCAAAGACGUUGAUCUAACCGACUGGGACAAGGAUCACGCGGACCUCAAAUGGGAGGCACCUGAUAGCGAUGGCGGUGAUCCCAUCACAGCCUAUAUUGUCGAAUACAAAGAGAAAUUCUCAAAUGAUUGGGUUACGGGCAAAGAGGUGCCUGGAGAUGCCCGGGUGGCUACGGUGGACGGGCUGAAGGAGGGACAGCAGUACGAAUUUCGAGUCCGUGCUGUUAAUCGAGCUGGUCCCGGUGAACCCAGUGACAAGACGAAGGCCAUCAUUGCCAAGUGCCGUUUCGUCAAGCCGUUCCUCGUCGGAGACGGUCUCAAGAACAUCACAGUUAAGAAGGGUCAAACUGUGCGCUACGACAUUAAAUACGACGGUGAACCGGAACCGGCAGCGAGCUGGUUCAAAGCGAAUGAACCACUUAAAUUUGAUAAUCAACGCAUUUGCUUGGAGCAACUCGAGCGCAACUCGGCAAUGACCAUAAAAAAGGCCAUACGCAAGGAUACCGGCAAAUAUAAGCUGGUGUUGACCAACACUUCCGGCACCAUUGAGUCGGAGGCGCAGGUUAUCGUCCUGGAUCGUCCUUUGGCGCCCGGCGGCCCCUUCGAGCCGGAGGAGGUGCGCGCCAACCAUAUAAAGAUGAAGUGGAAACGCCCCAUCGACGACGGUGGCUGCGAGAUAACCGGUUAUGCCCUGGAGCGCAUGGAUGAGGAAACAGGUCGCUGGAUACCCGCCGGGGAGGUGGGACCCGAUGCCACCUCCUUCGACUUCAAGGGUCUGACGCCGAACAAAAAAUACAAGUUCCGCGUGAAGGCUAUCAACAAGGAGGGCGAAUCGGAGCCGCUGGAAACAACCGAUGCCAUUGUGGCCAAGAAUCCCUACGAUCCACCAAGUCCGCCCAGUCAACCCGUCAUCGAUGACUAUGACAACAAGAGUGUCAUGCUCAAGUGGAAGCGACCUCCUUCCGAUGGUGGUCGUCCGAUUACCCACUAUGUUGUCGAGCUCAAGGACAAAUUCUCACCCACGUGGAGUGAGGUGACGAAAACGGAGGAUCCCACACCGGAGUGUAAGGUUGAGGGUCUCAAGGAGAAAAUGGUCUAUCAGUUCCGCGUGCGCGCCGUGAAUAAAGCGGGUGCCUCGGAACCCUCACAGCCCACCGACAAUCAUCUCUGCAAGCACAAAAAUCUUAAGCCACAGAUUGAUCGAUCAACAUUCAAGCGAAUGACGAUCAAGAGUGGUCGCACCCACAAAUGGUCCGUAGAUGUUACUGGUGAGCCCGUACCAGAAUUGCACUGGAGUUGGCGCGACGAUGUACCGUUAACGACAGGAGAUAGGAUCAGUAUCGAGAAUAUCGAUUAUCAUACCGAUUUUGUAAUAACAAAUCUGAAGCGUAAGGAUAGCGGUUUCUACACGCUGAAGGCGGAGAAUCGCAACGGUGUCGAUCGCGAGACAGUUGAGCUGGUAGUGCUGGGCAAGCCCAGUUCGCCGAAGGGUCCUCUCGCUGUCAGCGAUGUGACCGCAACCGGUUGCAAGCUGCAGUGGAAGAAGCCCGAGGAUGAUGGCGGUGUGCCCAUCAAGGAGUACGUUGUCGAGAAAAUGGACACCGCCACAGGUAAAUGGGUGCGCGUGGGUCGCUCGCCAGGCGAGAAGGAACCGCCCAGCUUCGAUGUAGCCGGUCUGAAUCCCGGCUCGGAGUACAUGUUUCGUGUCACCGCUGUGAACGAGGAGGGUGAAUCGGAACCGUUGACUACGCUAGUGGGCAUUGUGGCCAAGGAUCCGUUCGAUGAGCCCAACAAACCGGGCACUCCCGAAGUUACGGACUAUGACAAUCAGAGUGUCAGCUUGAAGUGGACGGCGCCCAAUAAUGAUGGCGGUGCUCCCAUCCAGAAAUACAUCAUCGAGAAGAAGGACAAGAACAAGCCAGAGUGGGAGAAGGCCCUCGAGAUACCAGGUGAUCAGCUGGAGGCAACUGUCGCCGGUCUGCAGGAGUACGGCGAAUACCAGUUCCGUGUGAUUGCCGUGAACAAAGCGGGUCCAUCGGCUCCAUCCGAUGCAAGUGUGCCUCAGAUUGUCAAGUACAAGAAGUUGAAGCCGCGCAUUGACAGAACAAACCUGAAACCACUGCUAAUACGUGCUGGCAAACCUAUUAAAUACGAUGUGAACGUACGAGGCGAACCCGUGCCGACGAUCAUUUGGUAUCAAAACGAUAAAGAGCUUAAGCCGGAGGAGUUGCCAAGCAACAUCGAGAUCCAGAAUAUACCCCAUAAUACGAAGAUAGCGAUUAUCGAUGCUGUGCGCAAGCAUACGGGCACCUAUAAGAUCCGAGCCGUAAACGAGCACGGUGAGGAUGAGGCGACCGUCGAGGUCAAUGUGCUGGGACCACCCGGUAAGCCGAGGGGUCCUCUAGUCGUCAAGGAUAUUACGAAGGAUGGCUGCAAAUUGAAGUGGCAGAAGCCGGAAGAUGAUGGCGGCAAACCGAUAACCAGUUACCAGGUCGAGAAAUUCGAUAAGAAACAGGGUCGUUGGGUGCCGGUCGGUCGUACCUCCGGCAAUGAUACCGAACUUGAUGUCAAGGGCCUGCAGGAAGGCCAUGAGUAUCAGUUUCGGGUCAAGGCCAUCAACGAGGAGGGCGAAUCCGAACCUCUGGAGACCGAUGGCAGCAUUGUGGCGAAAAAUCCCUAUGAUGCUGCCACCAAGCCAGGCACACCCAAAAUCGAUGAUUAUAAUGAGCAUAUGGUUAAAUUGAAAUGGGAACCGCCCAAAGACGAUGGCGGUGCUCCGAUUAUCGGUUAUGUUAUCGAAAAGAAGGAUAAAUUCUCUCCCAUUUGGGAUGAAGUGCUCACCACAAAUAGCCCUACACCCGAGGCAACUGUCGAUGGCCUUACCGAGGGCAAUGUGUAUCAGUUCCGUGUACGGGCUCUCAACAAGGCCGGAACCAGCGAACCCAGCGACGCAACCGAGCCGCAUUUGGCCAAGCCCAGAAAUCUCAAGCCAAGCAUAAAUCGCGAGAAAAUGAAACCGAUCAAGGUGCGUGCUGGUAACACUGUUAAGUUCGAUGUGGAUGUCAAGGGUGAACCCGCGCCAACUUUGACCUGGUAUUUCAAGGAAAAGGACCUAACGCCCAGUGGACAAGUGCGCCUGGACAAUGAGGAUUACAACACAAAGUUAACGCUGUUGGAUACAGCUCGAAAAGACAGUGGCAUCUACAAACUGAAGGCGGAGAAUAUUAAUGGCGUCGAUGAGGCCGAAGUGGAAGUGAUUAUCCUGGAUAAGCCGGGCAAACCGGAGGGUCCUUUGGAGGUCUCCGACAUACACAAAACCGGCUGUAAAUUGCAGUGGAAGAAACCAAAGGAUGAUGGCGGUGUUCCCAUUACGGGCUAUGCUGUUGAGAAAAUGGAUACGGCUACGGGUAAAUGGGUGCCAGCUGGCACCGUUGAUCCCGCUAAGAUGGAGCUGGAUGUGAAAGGUCUCGAUCCCAAUCAUCGCUAUCAGUUCCGUGUUAAGGCUAUCAACGAGGAGGGUGAAUCGGAACCACUCGAGACCGAGUCAGCAAUCACUGCCAAGAAUCCAUUCGAUGCCUCGGCACCGCCCGGUCUACCCGAGAUUGAGGAUUGGGAUGAGCAUCAUGUGAAACUGAAAUGGGAACCACCCAUUCGUGAUGGUGGCUCUCCCAUUACCAACUACAUCAUUGAGGUAAUGGACAAGGACUCCGGUGAGUUCGUCAAGGCCGCCGAGACGGAGGGACCCAUCUGCAAGGGUGUCGUUAAGAAACUAGAGGAGGGCCAACAGUACAAGUUUCGUGUGCGUGCGGUGAACAAAGCGGGUCCCUCUGAGCCAUCCGAACAGACCCAUUGGCAUACGGCCAAACCACGUUUCUUGAAACCGCACAUUGAUCGCACUAACCUGAAACCCGUUAUAGUCAAGGCCGGCCUCUCGAUCAGUCUGGACAUCAAUGUGAGGGGUGAGCCUGCACCAAAAAUCGAGUGGACCUUCAAUGGUCUGCCCGUCGUGAGUGACGAGGAAGGUGUUAAGAUCGAUAGCGUCGAUUACAAUACCAAGUUCUUUGUGAUGCGUGCCAAGCGUCCACAAAGUGGUAAAUACACCAUCCGAGCCAGCAAUGAGGUGGGUGAAGAUGUGGCCGAGUUAGAGGUGUCUGUGCUGGGUAAACCGGGCAAGCCAAAGGGUCCGCUCCAAGUAAACGACAUCACCAAGCACAGUUGCAAGCUGAAGUGGGAGAAGCCCGAGGAUGAUGGCGGCGCACCCAUCGAUUACUAUGAGAUCGAGAAACUCGAUCCACAUACGGGCCAAUGGUUGCCAUGCGGCAAGAGCUCCGAACCGGAGGCCAAGGUUAUUGGUUUGCACGAAGGCAAGCCGUACAAGUUCCGCGUGCGCGCCGUCAACAAGGAGGGCGAAUCGGAACCACUUGAAACGGAGAAACCGAUCAUUGCCAAGAAUCCGUUCGAUGAGCCGGAUAAACCGGGUCGUCCCGAACCCACCAAUUGGGAUAAGGAUUUCAUCGAUCUGGCUUGGAAUCCCCCCAAAAGCGAUGGUGGUGCUCCCAUCCAAAAGUACAUCAUUCAAAUGCGCGACAAGUCCGGCAGGGGUUGGGUAGAUGCCGCGACUGUACCGGGUGACAAGACCAAAGGUACUGUGACGGGCGUGGAAGAGGGACAUGAAUACGAAUUCCGUGUUGUGGCCGUGAACAAGGCCGGUCCCAGCGAACCGAGCGAUGUGUCAAAGUCGGUGGUGGCCAAGCCACGUUUCCUGGCGCCGCACAUCGAUCGCAAGAAUCUGCAGAAGAAGAUAAUGCGCAGCGGCCAAAUGCUCCACAUGGAUGCGGCUGUGAAAGCCGAGCCUCCUGCAAAGAUAACGUGGACCUACAACGGAGCCGAGAUCAAGUCUGGUGAACACGUCAAGAUCGAGAAUGAGGAAUAUAAAACGACAUUUAUAAUGCCGAAAGUGAAGCGGGCCGACAAGGGCACCUAUAUUGUUACGGCCAAGAACGAUUCCGGCGUAGAUACCGUUGAGAUUGAGCUAGAGGUGCUCUGCAAGCCCAGCAAGCCAAAGGGUCCGCUGGCAGUCAGCGAUGUCAAAGCGGAGAAUGUCCAUCUGAAGUGGGAUAAGCCCGACGAUGAUGGCGGCGAACCAAUCGAGCAUUAUGUUGUGGAGCGCAUGGAUACGGAAACGGGUCGUUGGGUACCGGUGUUGACCACGAAAACGCCAGAAGCGGAUGUUACGGGUCUGACCGAGGGCAAGGAGUAUCUAUUCCGCGUGAAAGCCGUAAACAGUGAAGGUGAAUCGGAGCCACUAGUAACGGACAUACCUGUUACGGCCAAGAAUCCGUACGAUGCAGCGGACACGCCAGGCAAACCCCAGGUUACGGAUUGGUCUGCGCAUCAUGCGGAUCUCAAGUGGCGUGCACCAGAAGAUGAUGGUGGUGCUCCCAUUACCGGGUAUAUCGUUGAGAAGAAGGACAACAAUACGGGCAAAUGGCAAAAGGUGCUCGAGACAAAUACGCCGGAUUGCAAGGCACGGGUCAAUGAUCUAAUUGAGGGCACCAAAUACCAAUUCCGCGUCAAGGCCGUCAACAAAGCUGGACAAAGUAAACCUUCCGAGGCAUCUGAUCAGAUGACGGCUAAGGAUCGGUUUGCACCACCCAAAAUCGAUAGAACCAAUAUUAAAGAUAUUACAGUUAAGGCCGGACAACAUAUACGCUAUGACAUCAAGGUGUCCGGUGAACCACCAGCGUCAAAGACCUGGUUCCACAACAAGGCACGCAUUGGCCAAGAUGAUUUCAACGUCGACAUGGAACCCUAUCGCACCAAGUUAGCCGUACCCUUUGCCAAGCGAAUGCAUACCGGAAAGUACACAAUUAAGGCGGAAAAUGAUUCCGGACAUGAUGAGGCCUCUUUUGAGGUAACAGUGCUCGACAAGCCCGCACCACCCGAGGGUCCUUUGCGGGUCACCGAUGUGCACAAGGAGGGCUGCAAGCUGAAGUGGAAUCCACCGUUGGACGAUGGUGGUUUGCCCAUCGAGCAUUAUGUGUUGGAAAAAAUGGAUGUAGAAUCGGGUCGUUGGCUGCCUUCUGGUCGCUUCAAGGAACCCUUCGCUGAGCUGAACAACCUCGAACCGGGCCACGAGUACAAGUUCCGUGUGCUGGCCGUAAAUACGGAGGGUGAAUCGGAACCGCUGCUUGGCGACCAAACGAUAGUGGCCAAGAAUCCGUUCGAUGAGCCGGGCAAACCGGGCACGCCAGAGCCAGUCGAUUGGGACAAGGAUCGUGUGGAUUUGGUUUGGCGACCGCCGCACAACGAUGGCGGCUCUCCGAUUACGGCGUAUGUGGUAGAGAAACGUGAGAAGGGCACCGACAAGUGGAUUAAGGGCGCCGAGAUCUCAGCACCAACUCUGGAUGAGGAGUGCAAGGCGACAGUGCCCAAUCUGGACGAGAACUGCGAGUACGAGUUCCGUGUCAAGGCGAUCAAUGCUGCCGGACCCGGCGAACCUUCAGACGCCAGCAGAUCCGUCAUUACCAAGCCCAGAAAACUUUCCCCCAAAAUCGAUCGGAAGAAUAUACGCACCUAUAAUGUCAAGGCUGGCGAGCCGAUAUUCCUGGACAUUAAUGUGAGCGGUGAACCCGCUCCGGAAAUUAGCUGGACCCAAAAUGGCAAGUCCGUGUAUUCUACAUCGGGCAGUUGCAUCGAGAAUGUGCCGUACAACACCAAAUAUAUUAACAAUAAUCCGGAACGCAAGGAUACGGGUCUCUACAAGAUUGUUGCACACAAUUUGUACGGCCAGGAUCACGUCGAAUUUCAAAUAAAUAUAAUCACCAAGCCUGGCAAACCGGAGGGUCCUUUGGAGGUGUCCGAUGUGCACAAGGAUGGCUGCAAAUUGAAAUGGAAGAAGCCCAAGGACGAUGGCGGCGAGCCCAUCGAUAGCUAUUUGGUGGAAAAAUUCGAUCCGGAUACGGGCAUUUGGUUGCCCGUGGGUAAGAGUGAUGUGCCCGAGAUGAAUGUGGAUGGCUUAAUACCCGGACACGAGUACAAAUUCCGUGUGAAGGCAGUGAACAAGGAAGGCGAAUCCGAGCCGCUGGAAACACUGGGCUCGAUUAUUGCCAAAGAUCCAUUCACUGCACCGUCGAAGCCUGGCGCACCUGAACCCACCGAUUGGACAGCGAACAAAGUGGAACUGGCUUGGCCGGAGCCCGCCUCGGAUGGUGGUUCACCGAUCACGGGUUACAUUAUCGAGAUUAAGGACAAAUAUAGUCCGCUGUGGGAGAAGGCACUUGAAACGGAUACGCCAAGUCCGCUGGCCACCGUAAAUGGUCUGAUCGAGGGCAAUGAGUAUCAGUUCCGAGUGAUUGCCUUGAACAAGGGCGGUCAAUCGGAACCUUCGGAGGCCAGCAAGACCUUCAUAGCCAAGCCUCGCUAUUUGGCGCCCAAGAUCGAUCGUCGCAAUUUGCGGGAUGUGACAAUUUCGGCGGGUACGGCUCUCAAAUUGGAUGCCGUAAUUACGGGUGAGCCCGCACCGAAAGUGGACUGGAAAUUCUCCAAUUAUCCCCUGCAAACGGGCAAGAAUGUUACGAUAGAAACACCCGAUUACUAUGCGAAGCUUGUCAUACGUCCCACACAGCGUGGCGAUUCCGGCGAAUAUUUGAUUACGGCCGUAAACAGUUCCGGCAAAGAUAGCGUGCUGAUCAAUGUGAAUAUAACCGAUAAGCCAACGCCGCCAAAUGGUCCGCUGCAGAUCGCCGAUGUCCACAAGGAGGGCUGCCACCUGAAGUGGAAGCGACCCACGGACGAUGGUGGCACGCCCAUUGAGUACUUUCAGAUCGAUAAACUCGACCCGGAGACGGGCUGUUGGCUGCCCUGCGCCCGUUCGACGGAACCACAAGCUGAUGUUACGGGUCUAACGCCCGGCAAUGAAUACAAGUUCCGUGUAUCCGCCGUAAAUGCUGAGGGUGAAUCUGCCCCACUGGUUGGGGAGGAAUCGAUUAUAGCCAAGAAUCCGUUUGAUGAGCCGGGCAAGCCGGAGAAUCUACGGCCAACCGACUGGGAUAAGGAUCACAUCGAUUUGGCAUGGACACCGCCACUCAACGACGGUGGUUCACCCAUCACCGGUUAUCUGGUAGAGAAGAAGGACAAAUACGGGCACUGGGAGAAGGCGCUAGAAGUGCCAGCGGAUCAGUGCAAGGCAACCGUGCCAGACCUGACCGAGGGCCAGGCCUACGAAUUCCGGGUGAGUGCCAUCAAUGCAGCGGGUCCCGGCGAACCUUCCGAUGCGACGGCCCCAAUUGUGGCCAAGGCGCGGAACAAGCCACCCGUUAUCGAUCGUUCCAAUUUGAUUGAGGUACGCAUCAAGGCCGGACAGGCAUUCAGCUUCGAUUGCAAGGUGUCCGGCGAACCGGCGCCCAAAACAAAAUGGCUGCUCAAGAAAAAGGAACUCUACACUAAAGAUAACGUUAAGGUUAACCAUGUGGACUACAACACCAAGCUGAAGGUGAGCAAUGCAACACGAUCCGAUACGGGUCUGUAUACGGUGCACGCGGAGAACGCUAACGGGGAGGAUAGUGCGGAUGUUAAGGUUACAGUCAUCGAUAAACCGUCGCCGCCAAAUGGUCCGCUCAAGGUGGAGGAUGUGCAUGCGGAGGGCUGCACUCUGAAGUGGAGUCCACCCGAUGAUGAUGGUGGUCAGCCCAUUGACAGCUAUGUGGUCGAGAAAUUGGAUGAAGUGUCGGGUCGUUGGGUGCCCGCCGGCGAGACCGACGGACCAACGACCAGUCUGCACGUGAAGGGACUCACGCCGGGCCACAAAUACAAGUUCCGUGUGCGCGCAAAGAAUCGCCAGGGGUUGUCCGAUCCGCUGACAACGCCACACGCCUCUGAGGCCAAGAAUCCCUACGACGAGCCCAGUAAACCGGGCACACCUACCAUCAAGGACUUCGACAAGAAUUUCGUCGAUCUGGAGUGGACAAAACCGGAGAGCGACGGCGGAUCGCCGAUCAGUGGUUACAUCAUCGAGAAACGCGAUAAAUACGCGCCCGAUUGGGAGAAGUGCGCCGAGAUUGAGGGCAAUGUGACCAGUGGACACGUGCCUGACUUGAUUGAGGGCGUCAAAUACGAGUUCCGUGUACGGGCCGUAAAUAAAGCGGGUCCGGGCGUACCCAGUGACCCCACGGAACCCCAUGUGGCCAGACCCAAGAAUCUGGCGCCCAAAAUCGAUCGGAAUUUCAUGUUGGACAUCAAAAUACGGGCGGGAAAUGUUUUCGAAUUCGAUGUGCCGGUGUCGGGUGAACCGAUACCCAGCAAGGAGUGGACGCACGAGGACAACAUGGUCAUCAACACGGAUCGCGUGAAGAUCAACAACAACGAUGAACGCACCAAACUACGCAUACUCGACGCCAAGCGAGCGGACACUGGCCAAUAUACGCUAGUGGCACGCAAUAUAAAUGGCGUGGACAGGCAUACGGUUAAGGUGACCGUGCUGGAUGUGCCUAGUCCGCCGGAGGCACCGCUUCGCGGCGAUGACAUCACCAAGAACUCAUUGACGCUGCGCUGGCGACCACCGCGCGACGAUGGCGGCUCCGAGAUCACCCACUAUGUUGUGGAGAAAAUGGACAAUGAGGCGAUGCGGUGGGUGCCCGUGGGCGAGUCUGCCGGCUGCGAAAUCCGUGCGGACAACCUCAUCGAGAACCAUGACUACAACUUUAGAGUGCGUGCGGUGAAUAAGCAGGGUCAGUCGCAACCACUGACCACCAGUCAGGCCAUCACUGCCAAGGAUCCCUAUGCACAUCCGGACAAGCCCGGUCAGCCGCAGGCUGUCGACUGGGGGAAGAACUUUGUGGAUCUGGAGUGGGCGGCGCCCAAGAGAGACGGUGGUGCACCCAUUACUGGCUACAUAGUCGAGAAGCGGCCCAAGUUCGGCCAAUGGGAGCGAGCGGCAACGAUACCCGGGGAGGAGCGCAAGGCGCACAUACCGGAUCUAACCGAUGGCGGGGAGUACGAGUUCCGUGUGAUUGCCGUGAACAAGGCGGGUCAAUCGGAUCCCUCGGAUCCCUCUGCUACAGUCAUCUGCAAGCCCCGUUUCCUGGCGCCCCACUUUGACAAGUCGUUGCUCAACGAUAUCACGGUUCACGCCGGAAAGCGACUGGGCUGGACUCUGCCCAUCGAAGCCUCGCCGCGUCCCAGCAUCAAGUGGCUAUACAAUGGCCAGGAGAUGCCGUUGACGGAGCAGACGCGCAUCCAAUCGAAUCUGUUCCAGAACGAGCUCAGCUUUGAGAUACCCUCGGCGCAGCGCAGCGAUGAGGGUCGCUACACGCUGAUUCUGAAGAACGAACACGGCUCCUUUGACGCGUCCGCACAUGCCACCGUCUUGGAUCGUCCGUCGGUGCCGAAGGGUCCGCUAGACAUCAGCAAGAUAACUAGAGAUGGCUGCCACCUGGCAUGGCAGGUACCCGAGGACGAUGGUGGCUCCCCCAUUCUGCACUACAUCAUCGAAAAAAUGGAUUUGUCGCGUGGCACCUGGUCGGAUGCGGGCAUGAGCACGCAUCCCGUGCAUGACGUGACCCGGCUGGUGCACCGCAAGGAGUACCUCUUCCGGGUGAAGGCAGUGAAUGCCAUCGGGGAAUCGGAGCCACUCGAAGCCGCCAAGAGCAUUGUGGCCAAAAACGAGUUCGAUGAACCCGAUGCGCCUGGCAAACCCAACGUAACCGACUGGGAUCGCGACCACGUCGAUCUGCAGUGGGCGGCACCCAAGUCGGAUGGCGGCGCACCGCUCACCGAGUACAUCAUCCAGAAGAAGGAGAAGGGCAGUCCCUACUGGAUCAAUGUGGUGCAUGCCCCACCCAAUAAGACCACGGCAACCGUACCGGAACUCGUUGAGGGUCAGGAAUACGAGUUCCGCAUUAUUGCCGUGAAUCAGGCGGGUCAAUCGGAACCCUCGGAACCCUCCGACAUGAUUAUGGCCAAGCCACGCUAUCUGGCGCCCAAGAUAAUCACGCCCCUGCACGAGGUGCGAAUCAAGGCGGGCCUAAUCUUCCACAUCGACAUUGAUUUUAUUGGCGAACCGGCGCCGGAGGCUAUCUGGACACAUAAGAAUAAUCCACUAACCUCCAAUGAGCGCUCUACCAUCACCACAAUUGGCCACCAUACGGUGGUGCACACCGUCAACUGCCAGCGUGGCGAUUCCGGGAUUUAUCAUCUACUAUUGCGCAACGAUUCCGGCAUUGAUGAGGGCAGCUUUGAGCUGAUCGUGCUGGAUCGUCCUGGUGCGCCAGAGGGACCUCUGCAAUACGAGGAAAUCACCGCCAAUUCGGUGACAGUUUCAUGGAAACCGCCCAAGGACAACGGUGGCUCCGAAAUCUCUGCAUACGUCAUUGAAAAGCGGGACUUGACGCAUGGCGGUGGGUGGGUGCCGGCCGUUAAUUAUGUGAAUGCCAAGUAUAAUCAUGCGGUAGUACCGCGUCUGUUAGAGGGUACCAAAUACGAGUUCCGCGUCAUGGCUGAGAAUCUACAGGGUCGCUCCGAUCCGCUGACUUCCGAGCAGCCCGUUGUGGCCAAGAAUCAGUACACGGUGCCGGGUGCACCCGGGAAGCCGGAGUUGUCCGACAGCGACAAGGAUCACAUUACGAUCAAGUGGAAGCAGCCGAUUAGUAAUGGUGGCUCGCCCAUUCUCGGCUACGAUAUUGAGCGGAGGGAUGUGAAUACGGGUCGCUGGCUCAAGUUGAACGCUGAACCCGUGCCCACAACGGAAUACCGUGAUGAUCGCGUCACGCCCAAUCAUCAGUACGAGUAUCGCGUGUCCGCCGUAAAUGCGGCGGGCAACAGUAAGCCUUCCGAACCCUCCACAACACUCAGCGCUCGCCCAAUGCGCGAGAAGCCAAAGUUGCACUUGGACGGCCUGCUAGGCAGAAGGAUUAAGGUGCGUGCUGGCGAACCGGUUAAUGUGAAUAUACCCAUAUCGGGUGCACCAACGCCGACCGUCGAAUGGAAACGUGGUGACCUCAAAUUACCGGAGUCCAAGAAGGUCUCAUACGACACGAAUUCAGAGCGUACGAUAUUCCGCAUUGAUGAUUCGACGCGACAAGAUUCAGGCGUAUAUAAGGUAACGGCAAGCAAUGAAUUUGGCAAGGACUCCGCGGACGUUGAGAUCAUAGUGGUGGAUAAACCGACGCCGCCGGAAGGUCCUCUGACUUACACCGAAACCGCACCCGAACACAUCUCGCUGCAGUGGCUGCCACCUAAAGACGAUGGCGGGAGCGAAAUUACGGGUUACAUAAUUGAAUUCAGUGAGUUCGGCGUGGACGAUUGGAAGCCGGUGCCUGGCUAUUGCCCGAAAACCAAUUAUACGGUCAAGGGUCUGACGGAGGGCAAGAAAUACGUGUUCCGCGUGCGAGCGGAGAAUAUUUACGGCGUAUCUGAGCCACUAGAUGGCAAGCCCGUCAUCGCCAAGUCACCCUUCGAUCCACCAGGUGCGCCCAGUCAGCCCCAGGUGGUCGCCUACACACCCAACUCAGCCUCGCUCGAAUGGCAUCCGCCGGACUAUUGCGGUGGCAAACCCAUCUCCGGCUAUAUUGUGGAGCGACGCGAAAGGGGCGGCGAAUGGAUCAAGUGUAACAAUUACCCAACGCCAAAUACGAGUUAUACCGUACCCGAUCUGCGCGAGGGUGCUCGUUAUGAGUUCCGCGUAAUUGCCGUAAAUGAGGCGGGUCCGGGCAGUCCCUCAAAGCCCUCGGAGCCGAUGACAGCAGAGCUGCAACGCUAUCGACCCGACGCACCGGAGCCACCUAAACCGGAUCGCAUCACCAAGGAUAGUGUUACACUCUCGUGGCGACCGCCGCGAAACGAUGGCAAGUCCAAGAUCAAGGGCUACCAUCUGGAGAUGCGACCAAAGAAUGCCAAGGAUUGGAAACCCGUGAAUGAACUACCCAUCAACGGUACCGUUUACACCGUGCCCAAUCUGAAGGAGGGCGAAGAGUACUCGUUCCGCGUCAUAGCAGAGAACGAUGUGGGUCGCUCCGAUCCCUCGAAGCCAUCGCCACCGAUUACGAUUGAGGAGCAGCCGAACAAACCCUGCAUGGAUCUGGGCGGUGUCCGUGACAUUGUGUGCCGUGCCGGCGACGAUUUCAGCAUACACGUGCCCUACGUUGCCUUCCCCAAACCUACGGCUUCUUGGUACUCCAAUGAUAGAGUCCUCGAUGAUCUGGAUCCACGUAUGCAUCAGCAUUUGACGGACGAGGCUGCUUCGUUUGUGGUGAAGAACUCCAAGAGGACCGAUUCCGGUCAAUACAGAUUGCAGCUGAAGAAUCCCCAUGGCUUCGACACGGCUACCAUAAAUGUUAAGGUGCUAGAUCGACCGGGUCCGCCCACCAAUUUGCGUGCCGAUGAAUUUGCCGGCGAUUCAUUGACCCUCUACUGGAAUCCGCCAUGCGACGAUGGCGGCUCGCCCGUACAGAACUACAUAGUGGAGAAAAAGGAGGCGAGAUCCUCCACUUGGAGCAAGGUCAGCAGUUAUUGCACUGUGCCUUUUGUGCGGGUUCGCAAUCUGACCAUCGGGAAGGACUACGAUUUCCGUGUGAUUGCCGAGAACAAAUACGGGCAAUCGGAGCCGGCUGAGACAAGCGAACCGAUCCGUGCCCGCCAUCCCUUCGAUGUGCCCAAUGCACCGGGCAUUCCGCGAGGCAUCGACUCCACCGAGGAUAGCAUUACCAUUGCCUGGACGAAGCCCAAACACGAUGGCGGCUCACCGAUCACCGGCUACAUCAUCGAAAAGCGACUGCUCAGCGAGGACAAGUGGACGAAAGCGGUGCACGCCCUCUGUCCGGAUCUCAGCUGCAAGAUACCCAAUCUUAUCGAGAAUGCCGAGUACGAAUUCCGUGUAGCCGCUGUGAAUGCAGCGGGUCAAUCUCCGUUUAGUGCGUCGAGUGAUUUAAUCCCCUGCCGUCGUCCACCGCAUGCGCCCAAGAUUACGUCGGACUUGUCCAUACGGGACAUGGUGGUGAUUGCUGGCGAGGAGUUCCACAUCACCGUGCCCUACCAAGCCAAUCCUAGGCCCACACCAAACUGGAAUAUCAACGGAGUCGAUGUCAGUCCGGAUGAGCGGAUACGCUUCGAGACAGACGAUUAUAGUUCCGUGUACCACAACAACUGUGCCAAGCGGACGGAGACCGGCUCCUACACGAUUACGCUGACGAAUGCGAAGGGUUCGGAUACGGCGUCGUGCCAUGUGACCGUUGUGGACAGACCCGGUCCGCCCCAGGGACCCCUCAAUGCAUACGACAUUACGCCGGACACCUGCACGUUGGCGUGGAAAACACCGCUGGAUGACGGCGGUUCCCCGAUCACCAACUAUGUUGUGGAGAAACUGGAUGCCAGCGGCACCUGGGUGAAAGUCAGCAGCUUUGUGCGGAACACCCACUAUGAUGUGAUGGGUCUGGAACCGAAUCACAAAUAUCAUUUCCGUAUACGGGCGGAGAAUCAAUACGGCUUAUCGGAUCCCCUGGAAAUGCCAGAGCCGAUUACGGCCAAGCAUCAAUUUACGGUGCCCGACGAGCCCGGCCAGCCCAAGGUCAUCGAUUGGGAUUCGGGUAAUGUCACCCUGAUCUGGACACGACCCGUCAACGAUGGCGGCUCCCGCAUCCAAGGCUACCAGAUCGAGUACCGGGACGUGGUCAACGAUUCAGCCUGGAACACUUACGAGUAUCUCAUCAAGGACACCAAAUAUCAGCUCUAUAAUCUGACCAAUGGCAGUGAGUACGAGUUCCGGAUUAAAGCUAAAAAUGCUGCCGGAUUCAGUAAACCGUCGCCGCCCUCGAUGCGAUUCAAGCUGAAGGGCAAAUUCAAUGUACCCUCGCCGCCAGGCACGCCCCAGGUCACCAAGGUGGGAAAGAACUACGUCGAUCUCAAGUGGGAAAAGCCCACCAGUGAUGGCGGCUCUCGCAUCACCGGCUACAUCAUUGAGCGACGCGAUAUUGGCGGCGCUGUAUGGGUAAAGUGCAAUGAUUAUAAUGUUCUCGAUACGGAAUUCACCGUUAUCAAUCUGAUCGAAAUGGGUGACUAUGAGUUCCGUAUAUUCGCGGUGAAUGCCGCUGGACGUUCGGAGCCGAGUCUGUGCACGAUGCCGAUUAAGGUGUGCGAGGUGCUAGGCGGCGUCAAGCCGGAAUGGAUCAGCCGACUCCAAGAUCGGGUGGCGCCCUGCGGCAAGGAUUACACGCUCCAGUGUGCCGCAUCCGGCAAGCCAACGCCCACCUCCCGCUGGCUCAAGAAUGGCAAGGAAAUUCAGAUGCCCGCCGGUGGCCGGUUCACGUGCGACAGUCACGACGGCAUCUUCCGGCUGCACAUCACCAACGUGCUGUCCAGCGACGAUGGCGACUAUACGUGUGAAGCCAUCAAUUCGCUCGGAUUUGUGCACACCUCGGGUUAUCUGAAGAUCGGGGCACCGCCCAUCAUCAAUCGCUGUCCGAGCGAACUCUAUUUGCCGGAGGGCGACAAUACCAAGAUUAAGGUCUACUAUUCUGGUGAUCAGCCGCUCGCCGUGCGCAUCACCCGUAACAAUGAGCUCGUCUCGGAUGCGGCAAACGAGUCGCAUCUGAAGUACACCGUCUUCGAUGAUUAUGUUGCCAUCUUUAUCAGGGAUAUUGUGAAAUCAGAUGCGGGCAAUUAUCACGUUGAGCUGAGCAAUGAAUCAGGCUCGGCUACGGCUCCGAUUGAUGUGCGCAUAACGGGUCUGCCGUCGACGCCAGUGGGUCCCAUGGGCAUCUCCCACAUCAAUAAGCAUUCGUGCACCUUAACCUGGCGUCCGCCCAGCUACGAUGGCGGCCUGCGCAUCUCCCAUUAUGUUGUGGAGCGCAAGGAUAUAUCAUCGCCUCAUUGGAUAACCGUAUCCAGCACCUGCAAGGACACCAAUUUCAAUGUUCAAGGCCUAAUUGAGAAUCAGGAGUACAUAUUCCGUGUGAUGGCCGUGAACGAGAAUGGCAUGGGUCCUCCACUGGAGGGUUUGAAUCCGAUACGUGCCAAGGCGCCCAUUGAUCCACCAUCUCCUCCCGGCGUGCCGCAAAUCACAGAGAUUGGCGGAGAAUUUGCCCAUCUUGAAUGGGCCAAGCCCGAGUCUGAUGGCGGUGCUCAUGUCCAGGGCUACUGGGUGGACAAACGGGAACUUGGCAGCGAUACGUGGCAGCGAAUCAAUAAUAUUAUUCAGGCAACCAAUCAAAUCAAUUGCCACAAUCUCAUCGAGGGCAGGCAAUACGAAUUCCGUGUGUUUGCUCAAAAUAUAGCCGGACUCUCAAAAGAAUCCUCCGCUUCGCAGGCCGUCAAGAUCAUCGAUCCGAAGGCGGCGACGCCGCCACAAAUAGUGAAGCCUCUGCGCGAUGAGAACUGCAUACAGAAUCACAAUGCGCAGUUUACGUGCACAAUUACGGGCGUACCUCGACCCGUAAUCAGUUGGUACAAGGGCGCCCGUGAGAUAACGAAUGGGGCACGCUAUCACAUCUACUCCGAGGGCGACAAUCACUUCCUGCACAUUAACGAUGUGUUUGGCGAGGAUGCCGACGAGUAUGUUUGCCGUGCCGUAAACAAAGCGGGCGCCAAAUCGACACGGGCUGCUCUCGCCAUAAUGACCGCACCGAAGUUAAAUGUACCGCCUCGUUUCCGGGACACGGCGUACUUUGACAAAGGCGAGAAUGUGAUUGUUAAAAUACCGUUUACAGGCUUCCCCAAGCCACGCAUACACUGGGUGCGCGAGGGCGAGAAUAUCGAAUCGGGCGGACAUUAUAACGUGGAAGUGAAGGAGAGACACGCUGUACUCACCAUACGUGAUGGUUCACGCCUCGAUUCCGGCCCGUAUCGCAUUACGGCAGAGAACGAGCUCGGCUCUGACACGGCCAUAAUUCAAGUGCAGAUCAGCGAUCGACCAGAUCCGCCGAGAUUCCCGUUAAUUGAGAGCAUCGGCACCGACUCGCUCUCGCUGAGCUGGAAGGCGCCCAUCUGGGAUGGAGGUAGUAAUAUCACCAACUACCUCGUCGAGCGAAGAGAACAUCCCCUGUCCUCGUGGAUACGUGUUGGCAACACGCGCUUCACCUCAAUGGCUGUCAGCGGCUUGACGCCGGGCAAGGAAUACGAUUUCCGUAUAUUUGCGGAUAAUGUAUACGGUCGUUCCGAUUCCUCCGAGAUUAGCACGCUGAUCAAAACGAAGGAGUCGAUCAAGAAGAAACCCGCCGAACGCAAAUGGGAGCUGGAUGAGAAUGGCAAGCGUGUCAGGGGCAAGGCUGAUGGACCCAUCAAGGACUACGAUUCGUAUGUCUUUGACAUCUAUUCGAAAUUCGUGCCGCAAGCCGUUGAGAUAUCGCAACAGAGCGUCUACGAUAGAUACGAUAUUCUCGAGGAAAUCGGCACAGGCGCCUUUGGAGUUGUUCAUCGUUGUCGCGAACGCAGUACUGGCAACACAUUUGCCGCCAAAUUUAUACCCGUCUCGCAUACGGUUGAGAAGGAUCUGAUCCGGCGCGAAAUCGAUAUCAUGAAUCAGCUGCAUCACCAGAAACUAAUCAAUCUGCACGACGCCUUCGAGGACGACGACGAAAUGGUCCUGAUUCUCGAAUUCUUGUCCGGUGGCGAACUUUUUGAGCGCAUAACGGCUGAGGGUUAUGUGAUGACCGAGGCAGAAGUGAUUAACUAUAUGCGCCAGAUCUGUGAGGGAAUACGCCAUAUGCACGAGAAGAACAUCAUUCACUUGGACAUCAAGCCCGAGAACAUCAUGUGCCAGACACGGACCAGCACAAAUGUCAAACUGAUCGACUUUGGCCUCGCCACCCGUUUGGAUCCCAAUGAGGUGGUGAAAAUUACAACGGGUACGGCGGAAUUUGCUGCACCCGAAAUUGUGAAUCGGGAACCAGUCGGAUUCUACACGGAUAUGUGGGCAACGGGUGUGCUCGCCUAUGUCCUAUUGAGUGGACUAUCGCCAUUUGCUGGGGAUAAUGAUGUGCAAACUCUGAAGAACGUAAAGGCCUGUGACUGGGACUUUGAUGUGGAUGCUUUUAGGCAUAUAUCCGAGGAGGGCAAGGACUUUAUACGCAAACUGCUGCUUGCCAACAAGGAGAAACGGAUGACGGCACACGAGUGCUUGCUGCACCCGUGGCUGACUGGAGAUCAUAGCGAUCUGACACAGAAAAUUGCUCGUGAUCGUUACCUGGCGUAUCGCGAAAAGUUGCGCAAGAAAUACGCCGAUUUCGAGAAAUAUUUACUGCCCAUUGGAAGACUUUCGGAAUAUUCGGCGCUGCGCAAACUGCUCAUGGAGAAAUACAAGAUAUACGAUGCGGUCUUCGAUCGAAGGCAGGCAGCUCCUCGAUUCGUUAUACGACCAUCGUCCCAGUUCUGCUACGAGGGUCAAAGUGUCAAAUUCUAUUGCCGUUGCAUAGCAAUUGCGACGCCAACUUUGACCUGGUCGCACAACAACAUCGAGUUGAGACAGAGUGUUAAGUUUAUGAAACGAUAUGCUGGAGAUGAUUAUUAUUUCAUUAUAAAUCGCGUGAAAAUGGAUGAUCGCGGCGAGUAUAUAAUCAGAGCUGAGAAUCAUUAUGGCUCACGGGAGGAGGUCGUUUUCCUCAAUGUGCAUCCACUGCCCAAGGAACAGCCGAGAUAUCGCACCGAAUCGACACCGGUGCGUCGAAGGGAACCAUUGCCCUACACCUUCUGGCAGGAAGAGUCGGAAUCGGCGCCCAGCUUUACAUUCCUAUUGCGUCCACGUGUCAUGCAGGCCCGCGAUACCUGCAAGCUCCUCUGCUGCCUCAGCGGCAAGCCCGUACCAAGCGUGAAGUGGUUCAAGGAUGGCCGGGAACUCAGCAAAUACGAGUAUGCGAUGACCCACUCGGACGGUGUCGUCACCAUGGAGAUCAUCGAUUGCAAGCCAUCCGAUUCCGGCAAAUACACCUGCAAGGCCACCAAUUGCCACGGCACCGAUGAGACAGAGUGUGUCGUCAUUGUCGAAGGUGAAUGGGUAACGCCUGAGCAGGCAGAACUAGCACACAAUUUCCUUUACUCAGGAGAUCGCAAAUAUAUCGAGCAGCCCAUAAAGCCAGCUCCACCGCCAAUAAUAACCACAAGACAGUUCGCAUCGUCCAGCCAAUCGCAGCAGACAUCGAGCACUAGAACGGCGGCGGAUGGCAGAACUACCAGCACCAACGUAAGCAGCACAAGUUCCUCAACGACACAGAAUAGCAUUUCAGGCAAGAAGAAAUAUGCGGCCAGUACCUCCUCGCUGCAGACGCCAGGCAGCCCAACACGAUCUCGUAGUGCCACCAAAGAGCUAAUACUUCCACCCGACGAUUCCUUAAUGUGCAAACCGGAAUUCACGAAGCCGCUGCACGAUCUAACAAUUCGCGAUGGCGAACAGCUGGUUUUGACGUGUCACGUUAAGGGUGAUCCAGAGCCGCAAAUCACCUGGUCCAAGAAUGGCAAAUCCAUUUCCUCAUCGGAGAUUAUGGAUUUGAAAUAUAAGAAUGGCAUCGCGACGCUCACAAUUCACGAAGUUUUCCCGGAAGACGAAGGCAUUUUCACCUGCACUGCGACCAAUUCAAUAAGCGCGGUGGAAACUAAAUGCAAGCUAAGCAUUAAACCUUUGGACAAACAAUCGAGCAAGCGCCAAGCCACUGGCAACGAUCAGCCACCAAAAAUUGUAAGCCACUUGGAGUCGAGAUUUGUGAAAGAUGGCGAUGCGGUCACACUGGCCUGUCGCAUUAUCGGCGCCCAAAAGUUCGAUGUUGUCUGGCUGCACAACAACAAAGAAAUCAAGCCCAGCAAAGACUUCCAAUACACGAACGAAGCGAACAUUUAUCGCCUGCAAAUUGCCGAAAUAUUCCCUGAAGAUGGCGGCACCUACACCUGUGAAGCAUUCAACGAUGCCGGUGAAUCGUUUAGCACGUGCACAAUUAAUGUGACAGUGCCUGGCGAUGAACCCAAACAGCCGUCAUUUGUUAAAUUCCCCUUUUCUAUUUCCGUUGCCGCUGGUGAGAAUGCGACAUUUGAAUGUGAACUGGAUGGGGAACUGCUCACUUUGGCCUGGCUUAAGGAUGGCAAACCAAUCGAUGAAUCACGCAAUCGUUACUCGUUCACAAAGGAUGGUAAUCGUUACACGUUUGCCAUCACUAAAUGCACCCUGGACGAUGUCGGCCAAUAUCAGGCAAAGGCCGUUGCCAAAAAGGGUGAAAGCCUCUGCGCAUUCUCAGUGAAUGUGCUCAGCGCUGAAGCCUAAUUAAAAACAACUACCACAAACUUGAUUUUACAUUUUUGGCAUAUAAAUAUUUGUGUAAUUAGACUGCUCAUACAAACACACGCACGCACACACACACACACACACACACAUCUAUACAUAUGUAUAUAUGCUCAUGUGUGUAUCAUUUUAUAAGUAUUUCAUUCUACGCACAGCUGACAGACAUGCAUAAGAAAAAUGAGAGGGAGAGACGAUUAGCGGUACUCUUGUGUUUGUAUGUGUAAAUUAAAUACCUAUUUGUACUUUAGAGUUAAACGAAAUAAUAUUGCCAAAAUACUA